AUGGAGCUGCAGAGCAGGGAAGGGAAGAAAAGGUACAAAAGUGAGCUAGAAAACCUCAACAUGACUCCAGAGUUCUUUGGGUUCUACGAACUUCAUACUGGUGUGGCCAAUGCAGCAGGGAACAUUGACUGCCAGGUUCUGAGGCUCCUGAGGAUGGGGUACCACUGCCUCUGGGAAGAGGAGCAGCCUGGCACCUCCCCCCAGGCCCCCUUGGAGGCAGAGCUGUCGCUGCUGCCAGCUGCUGAACACGACCUGGUUCGUGUGGGAGCUGCCCCCAGCCCCAGGCGCAUCCUGUGCUUCACUGCCGCUGCCUCGCACCGCUGCGGCUCCGCAGGGCCUGGGCUCUGGCCUGUGCCGCUGGCUGGCAGCCAGGAGCUGUGCGGGUGCCCCUGCAGCGCUCCCUGCCAGCCCCUCGCUCUCCUCGCCGCUGCCAUCGCUGCGCUGCGGAGCUCUGCCCCGGGCACUGCCAGCCACGGGCGGCUGCGCGGGGCCGUGCGUGCCUCACAGCCCUGCGCCGGCAGCGGCGGCGCCACUCAGGGGCGCGCAGCUCGGGGGCGUCACCGCCGCGCCGCGGCCGCGCCCUGCCGCGUUCCGGCCCCGCCGGGGCGGGAGAGGUCCCCUGGGGCUGGCGCCGGUGCCGCAGGCGGUGCGGGGGGGGGGGGCGAGCGGCGGCUGCCGCUGCUGCUGCGUGCCGCGGGGCUGCAGGAGCUGUCGCUGCCUCUGCCGCCGCCGGACCGGUCCCGGUUCGCAUCGGCAGCUGCCGGCACCGCCCCCCCGGGCGCAGCUUCUCCUGCGGCUGCCGCCCGGCGCCGCGCCCUGGCUCCGCACGCCCGGAGCCGGAGGCGCCGCCGCCCGCCCCCCGCCGCCUUGCAGCUGCUGCUGCAGCGCUCCCGGCCGAGCCCGCAGCAGGAGCCGCCGCUCCCCGCACCGCCUGUGCCGCGCUGCUGCGGGCAGGGCUCCGAGCGCCCCGGGGCGGUGGCGAGCCACGGCCAGGGCACAGGGUGGCCGCGUCAGGAGCGCAGGCGUUCAGCGAGAGCCUCCUGCGGUGCCCUGGAACAAGGAGAGGAGCCAUCGCCCAGCCGUCUCACCGGCAGCGCAGGCUCCCGCAGGUGCUCGGUGCCCCUGCUCACGCCGCCGGUGCAGCUGCUGCGCAGCCGCGGGCCCAGUGUGCCCCACAUGCUCCACCCUCAGCAGCGCCUGCAGGCGCUGGAGCAGCGGCACAAGCCCCUCCGGCGCCCGGCAGCGCUGACCCCCGCCGGUCCCGCUCCCUUCCCCGCCUCCUGCCGCCCUCCCCGGGGCGGCUCCUGCGCCCACCGCUCGCCAGCAGCGCCCGCCCGGGGCCAGCGCCCCCCGGCCAGCCCAGUGCCGGUGGCUAUCAAGCACAUUAACAUCCAGAAAGAGGCAGAGGUGGUUCUCCUGAAUGAAAUCAGGUUCAUCAAGGGCAACAAGAGCCCAAACCUUGUCAACUACUUAGACAGCUACAUGGCAGGUGAGGAGCUGCUGAUUGGGAUGGAGUACCUGGAUGGAGGGUCCUUGGCCGAUGUUGUCCUGGAGCUGUGGAUAGAGGAAGAGCAGACAGCAGCCAUCUGUAGGGAGUGUCUGCAGGGCCUGGACUUCCUGCACUCCAACAGCAUCGUCCACCGUGACAUCAAAAGCUACAACAUCCUGCUGGGCAUGGACGGGGCCGUCAAAGUGGCUGACUUUGGACUCUGUGUUCAGCUCACCUCCGAGAACAGCAAGAUGAGGGAGUGCGUUGGGACCCCUCACUGGAUGGCGCCAGAGGUGGUUCAGAGGGAGCCUUAUGGUCCCAAGGUGGACAUUUGGUCCCUUGGGAUUACUGCCAUCGAGAUGGCAGAAGAAGAACCACCUUACAGCCACGAACAGUACAGCAGGGUGGGAACCCUGAUAGCCACCAAGGGGAGCCCAGAGCUGCAGAACCCAGGGCAGCUGUCAGCUGAGCUGCUGGACUUCCUGCAGCACUGCCUGGAGGUGGAUGUGCAGAGGAGAUGGUCUGCCAAGGAGCUUUUGGAGAUUUGA